AUGAGGAUAACGAAGACGCCUCGUCAACGACAGUCGUCUUCUUUCUCUUCAGUCACACCACCUGUUCUAGCCACAAGCACACCUGCAGAAGCACAACGCACAUCACUGCUAUAUUUACCACCCGUCCUACGAAAACUCUCAAGUGUUCAAGCAUCCUCUACAACACUAGCAUCAGCAUCACGUCGUCGUCAUAAGCAAAAUCGAAAAGCCAGUCGUACUUCCUUGGCGUCUUCUGUCAACAAUGCAUAUUCACCACCAGCAAAUCGUUAUCAUUAUGCCUCUUCCCACCGCCGAUUCCAUCGUUGUAAUUCAACUGAUAGUAGUUCAUCGGAUACUGACUUUGAUACGUCGCAGACAACUGCCGCUGCAGCUGGCGAUGCAAAUACAGCCGUUAUUACAAUAUCACCUCAGUUCUUAAGAAGACGAACAUCACAUAUGCCUCUAUUUCCGUUUAGAAAAUAUUCUUAG